ACCAUGAAGGCUUUAACUGCACCCGAGUCUCCCAGACAGAGGAGUACCAGAAGGGUCCCUAAACCUAUGAUGGAGAAACGCAGGCGGGAGCGGAUCAACCACAGUCUGGAGACAUUACGACUCCUGAUGCUGGAUAACACCCACGAUGAGAAACUGAAGAACCCAAAGGUGGAGAAGGCAGAGAUUCUGGAGAGUGUGGUGAACUUCCUGCAGACAGAGAAGAAGGAGGAGGUGGAGAAGAGUCACCGGCCCAUGAAGAGAGUCCUGUCCAGGCAGCAGAGCCCGACCUCCGGCCGCCAGAGAGACUACCACGACGGCAUGAGGUCCUGUCUGCUGAGGGUCAGCCACUUCAUAGCCAGCAAGAGCAGCCAGGAGUCAGAGGAGAGCGACCGAGAUGUUGUUCAGGUUCCUCUGGCGCUCUCCAAGCCGCAGACACACCCUUCAUCUCCAGGUCACAUCCACAAGGCCCAGGUCGAUCUGUCUCCACCACAUCUGGCCCAACAUCACCUCCAUCACGGAGUCCCUCAUCCAUACCUCAGCCAGACCCAGGGGACAGGCCUCCACUGUGGCACCAGAGAGCUGCUCUCCUCCACGGCUGCAGCCUGCACGCACAUCACUGGUCCAGUGUGGAGGCCUUGGCCUCAGUGACACACUCAGUGACACAGAUGUUUUAUUUUAGAUACUGUAGAUGCCCACAGACUGCAGUGUAAAUAUGUAUUUUUUUGUACAGUCUGGAUUCUAUAUGUACAGUGAAGAUAUUUUCCAUGACAGCAAUAUAUUCUCGUUUUGGCUUUAGGAUUUGCUGUUUUGCACGCGCAACAUGUUAUUUUACCUCAUUUUUUUUAUCUAAGUUGUAAAUAUAUGAUAUUUUUAUGGGACAGUGUCCGCAGAUUUUUUUGUUUUUUUUCCUUUGCUGUGACAUGAAUUCAAUUUAGACGCGUGCGUAAAAUGCGCGUAAAGACCUGAUAUUAGAGUCAUGAUUGUGCUUGUUGAAUUCUCUGUUCCCAUUUCCAAUAAAAGCACAAUUUCCUGAUCAUUC